AUGCAGGAUAGCGACGCAGCAGAACGGCUACGUGAUCUACUCGCAAGGUCAGACCCAAAGACUCCUGUACAACCCACGUUACAGCACACGAAGACUAUCGCACCUGUACCAUUCCCACCCGUAACAGCACAGGCUUGCACGAUUCCACCCAAACCGCUAGACUUGGAAUACCCACGCGUUAAGCUCGCCAAAGUCCAUCUUCGAAUCAGGUCUCUUUGGGUAUUCGAGAUCAUCUUCAAGGACAACUCUACCGCGCUCGCUGAGCAAUAG